AUGGCCCAGUCUCAAAGUCAAUGCUGAAUUGGUUCGAGGACAUACUCCGUACGUGCGAUCUCCGACUGACCGUACUCCGUAUCCCGUACAGAGUACCAACAGGAUGGACAAGCUGGAACAGCACGCGGGGGCUGCGAGCCAAUGGCCGACGUUGAUCUGUUUCGUUUCCUGCCUUGCGACAUUCACCCCUUCUUCACCACCGAAUACCACCUUACCACCUCACCACCACUUUCUCACCAAUUUAGGUCGUUUCGCAUUCUUUUGGCGUUUGCUGUUGUCUUCACUGCUGACAACCUGCCCGAUAGACGAUGAGGAUAGAGUGUUGAGGACACACAAAAUUUUAGUAACUGAUCACUCAUGUCUCUUAUAGGUACUCAUGUGAUCCCAGUAGCGGCCCAUCGCGUCGGCUCCCCCCCAUUUACCACCUCCUUCUUUCAGUCUCGUAUUUCGACUAACCGCACACUUGGGCUGCACGACGGUUGGAUGGCC